UAUCGGUGAUAUCGUUAUUGGGCUCGAUCCAGCCAGCUCUCAUCGCGCACGCCGCCUGACGCCAGAAGAAGUCUUGUGUUUUUCAAAUAGUACUUUUAAAGAUGGUGUACUUUAGAAGUAGUGUGAAGUGAUGUGUUGGCGGGAUUGAGAGAUGAAGUGAAGCGUCCAACGAACAAAGAAAGAAAGAAAGAAAGAAAGAAAGGCUGUUCUUGCCUCCAAGUCUCCAUUGUUGUCCGUCUGAGUCCGGGUGGUCCACAAGGUGAUGGUGCAGUCAUGACCCCUGGCAAUGGCAACACAAACAGUAGCCACCAGCGAGGAGGGAGCAAGGCAGUCCAGGCCAUAGUCCAGUCCCACAUCCUGACACACUUCAUAGAGGGCUUUGUCAUCCAGGAAGGUGCCCAGCCUUUCCCGGUGGAACAUCCCACCUUCUCAGUGGACUGCCUCAGGAAACACACCUCACACCCAAGGAUGAACGACUCCAAGUGUCCGCAAGAGGCCGCGCUCACCUGUGAGCUCUGUGGCAAGGUGGACUUUGCAUUUGUCUUCAGAAGGUCCAAGAGGUUCUGUUCCACAGUCUGUGCUAAACGAUACAACGUAGGAUACACAAAAAGAAUGUCUCUCUUCCUAAAUGACAAGUCUCCGCUGGAGGACAGCAAGAAACAAAGACCACUGGAUGAAAAGCACAACAAGGCCAUUGUGGAGUUUCAAAAGCAGAAGUCCGACCCCCACUUCCUACCGAGCGACCCCGCCCACUGGAACGUGGACCACGUCCACAGUUUUAUCUGCUCGCUGCCAGGUUGCCUGGAGAUCGCAGAAGAGUUCCGUGGUCAGGAGAUCGACGGGCAGGCGCUGCUGCUGCUGCAGGAGGACCACCUGCUGGGCGCCAUGAACAUCAAACUGGGACCCGCGCUCAAGAUCGCCGCUCAGAUCAGUUUGCUCAAAGACUUCUAGCGCCUUCAUCCAUGCCCAUAUUUGGCACGUCUGCUUCCAUAUUUAAUGACUCUUUUCUAUUUAUUUCAUUCAUUGAUAAUAAUUCUCCUUUAUUUGGACAAAUCUGCUCCCUUUAUCUCCCUGCCAGUGCUGGUCUGCUUUUGGACAGGGAAUCCAGUUUUUGUCCUUCUCUCCUGGCACCGUAAAAUUAGUGGCACCGUCUUAUUAGCCGCAGAGUUCAAA